GUCUAGAGGCGUGAUAAGAUACACGGUGAUAAAUUUGGUUUCCCUGGCUAAUUUAGUGCGCAGUCUAAAUCAGAGAUAGAACAUUACACUCUCUUCUUACCAGUACGAGUAGUUACAUGUGUUUGAAGUUUAAGUCAUACUGUAUAUGGACUUACAGUAACAAUGGAUGAUCAAGAGACCACCGAAAAUGAAAGGCACGACGUAUUACCCAUGACAGAACAGAGUGGUGAAUCCUUUAAAACAUCUGUUUUAUCACCCGCUCUCACUGAAGCAGCUGUAGCAGACGUUAUUGACAGGCGAGACAAAGAAAGUCUUGACAAAGCUUACAAGAGCCUUGAGCACUGCCAUGCUGUGAUAAAUGAUUUGAUGAAGCAAAACGCAAGCCUUACCGAGACAAUUGGAUAUAUGAUUAGAUCAGGAAAUAGCCAAGAUCAAAAAGACAUUAUAAAUACCGAUGGCAAGCCAAUGUUCAAGAAAACUGAAGGAAAGAAGCGUGAUCGAAAUGCCUCAAUAUGCUUUUCUGACGAUAAAAGCCCGAGUCCAAAGUUUGUGAAAUUCGAUCACGCUGCAAAAGAUAAAAUUAUUGCCUCAACGUCUGCAGCAGCAAAGAAAGCUGAUGAAAAAGCAAUUGAACAUGAAUGGCGUAAUUUAGCGGACAAAGAGAUAGAUGAAGGAAGGAAAAAUGGAUAUGGAGGGAGGCAUGGGACUCACGCCAUCUUAUGUAUUGACACGUCAGGCAGUAUGAGAGAAGGAAAUGCUUGGUCACAAGUCAAACAAUUUUAUAAUGACUAUUUAGAUGGUAUGGAACAGCUUAAAGAUCAGGAUGCUCAUCAUGACAAUAUUGCUGUCGUCACAUUUGGUGAGGAAACGAUGGUUCGACAAAGGUUGACAAAAAAUUUGAACAGUCUUAGAGGAUUGUUAGAUGAUAUCAAACCAUCUGGUCCAAGUCCUAUCUUCGGUGGAUUAAUAAUGGCAGGCGCUGCAGCAAAAACAUCAAAAUUUUCAUUCGCUAUGGUGAACAACCUACUUGUUAUCCCGAAAUUGAUUCUGGUAACAGAUGGUAAACCUACAGAAUUGACCUUACUUGAAGGACCUGACGUUGCUGAUCCGGAGCUUAUGGAAUGGACUAAAAGUGUAAUCAGUGAUGAAGCGGACAAGUUGGCAAAAGAUCAAAUAGAUUUACAUUGCAUUUACGUUGGCCAAAAUGCUGAUCGUAGUUUCCUUAAAAGGAUCCAGAGCAAGAAUGUCAGAGAUCUUAUGUCUUACAGAGAUGGUGAACGCAUGGCUUUGUACACCGUGGUAAAAUGUAUGAAAGAAGGUGACCAACGCUUUGUACGAUGUGCUGGCCUUGAGGGCAUGGGAAAUUUGGGUAUGCCUGACAUGGAACAGCUCUCGAGUUUAGUGAAUAAGAUGUCGGACGACCUUCCUGGAAUAAAUCCACAACUUACGUCACUUCUACUGAAAAGCAUUAUUUCAAGUCGGGAUAAAUCGCCGGAUAAAAGUACUACUGAUUUGCAAUUGGCAUCAAGGUCGCGAUACAAGACAUCAACAAUAACAAUGGCAGGAGACCGUCUCAUAAACGUUUACAAAGAGAUCAACGAUGGUCAACACCCGGCUAUAGGAACAAGAGUUGAGAAAGGCAGUGACUGGACAUGGGGAAACCAAAAUAGAGACAAAGACGGGACGAUCAUUGGUCAUGCUGACGACCCUAACGCAGACGAUGGACAAUGCUGGGUCCAUGUGGAAUGGGAUGAUGACAAUUGCCCGGAAAAAGGAAUUCAAAAUGUCUACAGAUACAAAAUGGACGAUGACAUGGAAGGGGACGUAAGAGAGGCGGCAUCAGAUGAUCGGCUGCCUCCAGCUGGAAAGGUUUUAGCUGUCGGCUGCAGGGUGAAACAAGGUGAAGGAUAUCGAGGCGAAAAGACAGAUGUGAAAGGGUCAGUCAUAAGAUUCCAUGGAAAUCGAGUUGAGGUUCGUUGGGAUGAUGGAAAUAGAGGGAAAUAUCGUUUUGGCACUCGCUCAUCUGAGGUCGUACCUUUGAUGGAUCCAGGAAGGACAGCUUUUGAACCAGCCCGACAAGACCCCGGUGGCAAUAAUAUGGUCUGCGAAGAUGGUAAUGAUGUUCCAAAAAUAAGAGUGAAUGACAAGCAUGCACUUCAGAUUGCACAGACGAUUCCCUCUGGAUGGGAGAUGUUGGGCACAGAACUGGAUGUUGGAAAUGUGAAGAUGAAUCACAUUGCGAAGGAUAACCAAAGUUCAAUCGUCAUGCAAAUAUAUGCGAUGCUUAACUACUGGAGACAAAAUGCCGAAAAUCCUACAUUAGAUGUACUUGUGAAGGCAAUUCGAGGAUGUGGUGUAACGUAUGAUGCUGACGGACUUUCAGAAAUUAUUGAAGCAGCCCGGAAGGAAGAAAAGAAAUAGUUUUUUAUAUUAUUUCUCCUUCUACUCAAUUUUUCACAAACUGUAUUUUUUUUAAAUUUGUGGUUUGUUAUGAUUUAGUUUAGCGGCCUUUUUCGAUGUGCAUAUUAUAUUUAAGUUGGAAGCUAUUCAUUUCAUUUUGUAUUACUCUUAAAGGGACUCCACUGAGGUUUAAAAGCCUUAAAACAUAACAUUUGAAUUUCUUACAUAAAUGAGCUGGGGUACUUUAACGAGAAAUAUGUGCAAAAAUAGUUAGGAAAUAUGCUUUGAAAUAAAUUGAAAUUCGUAGUUUAGCUUUUCUUAGCCCGAUUUUAGUGAAAAGCGAUUAAACACUUUUCAUUUUGGGUCAUUUUUUUUACAAUUUGAAUAAUUAUUCUGGAAAAACGAAGUGCGCGAAUGAUCUGAAAUUUUGCACAAAGAUUAGUGGUCUAAACCUACAUAAAAUGGUACCUUUAUCUUGAAAAAAUAUUUUCAGUCCCAUCAUGUCAAAAAACCUCAGUGGAGUCCCUUUAACAAUUUGACUAAUUGGUUAACUAAGAACUAACUCAACUUUAAACCAUUUUUCUUUACGAGUGUAUGUAUCUGAAAAUUUUCUGUUUUGCUGUGUUAUUCCAUUGUAUUCGAGUUAAACCUUUACUGUGCUUUAAACAGAUAUGGUUUAUUCCCUUCUUUAUUGCUUAUAACUGUACAAGAACAUGUUUGAUUAUAUAUUCAAGAUAUAUUUUAUUUGUCUAAAAGGAAUUGCUUUUCAUCAUUUUUUUUCUUUAUAGUGCCAUUUUGGGAAUAAGCUGUUUAAAUACCAUCAACGAAACUUUUAUGAAACGCAAUGUUUUACUUAAGAUCCAUUUCUGUUAUGAACUAUGAACUUAUGACCUGCUGUAUAUUUGUUUCAUAGUAAAUUGGUUCACCUUGUGACGUCCAAUUUUCAAGUCACUCCGUAAUUAAUUGGCCAUUAAAGGCACGUUUUUCAAGCACGGACAGACUUAUAGGUUCACAUCAACCGAAUAUAGUUUUGAAAUUAGUAUAAUGUGGUAAUUGUAAAACUGCAUGCCUCCAGAUGAGCCAAAAUAAUUCAAGAAAAUCGAACUUGAGAACAUGUAGAACAUAUUUAAAAACAUAUUAGAUACACAGAUUAAAGUAGUUAUUUAUAUGUUAAGUGCGAUUAAUGCGAUUUGAAUUGUUUCUCAACAUAUUUGCACUGCAUGCCUUGCGCAGUACGGGCUAAUUUUGCAUAUUUUGACCGACCUCUUUUCGUUAAUUUACGUUCGUUGUAAGUGCUGUUGCAAUGUGUAAAUUCUUUUCCUUUCUUUCUUCACUAUAUAUUAUUUUUUAAAUACAUUUUCAAAACUACACAAAUAUGUAGGCAUGAUGCUUUAAGCGAAAAUUAUUAAACAGUUAUUGUCAAGCAACAGUUUGCAUACAAUUGAAAAUAUACGUGUUUAUAGUCAAGGAAAGAAUAUAAAGCUAUCCAUUCUAUAUGUAAGAGCAGUAUUCAUGGAUAAUUGUUUUUAAUAUCUUAUUACAGAGAUAAUUUGAAAUAUGUAUUGAAAACUUAUUUUAUAUGAAAACAGCAUUUUAUACGUACUAAUUAAAAAUAAAAAUAUUUUAGUGUGA